GCGAAAGCAGAAUUAAGACACGGGCAGACCUCUCUCUCUUCUCCUCUGAAAAACCGUAACCGCCAAAUAGUCUGGGCACCAGGGGACCCCAUUUCAGAGCGGCACUACUUUUUUUUGUUUUUUUGUUUUUUUGCGCUUCUCACAUUAAAGGCUGAGGAAAACAGAAACUUUAAGGAGUAAAACUGAAGUCACGGGAUAAACAAGAUGUUUCCAAGUUUGUUGCUUUUAAGCUGCCUGUUUCUAACGGUUGAAUACAAUCAUGGUCAAGUCUUACCACCGCGAAAUGUGUCCCUGUCAAGGAUUGAUGACUUUGAUCACGCAUUGUCCUGGCUACCACCAAGGAAUCAUAAAGGGUGCAAGUAUAUAGUGGUUACAAAUUCUGGAAGAAGCUCAAAAACUUUGAAUAAUUUUAUGAAGCUGCACAGGGAAAUGGAAGGAGGCGUUCUAAAUGUGUCUAUCAGCAGUAAAUGUAAUAACUCAGAGAGUAAACCAUUGGUCAUCAGUGAAACAAACCCAGAUCUGGUGAUGGAUUUUCAUUGCUACGUCCAUUCCCCCACCCAAACCAACUGCUCUUGGUCACCAACCAGCGUCACUCCAGAUCUCCACAUGUUCUAUCGGUACGUGGUCGAGGGUGAAGGUGAAGGUUCCGAUCAACUGGAAAUAAAAGAAUGCUCAUCGUAUAUUUACACUGAUGGCAUGAAGACUGGUUGCUUUUUGCCAGUGACUUCAAAGCAUUCCAUCAACAUCUUGUUUAAUGCAACACUGAACAACAAAACUGUCAGGAACACCUUCUGCAGAGACCUUAUCAAGUUUGUGAGACCACCACCCCUUACCUGGAGAGUCGAGAAAAUUGGGGAUGGAUUUAAUAUUAGCUGGGACGCUCCUGAAGUGCUUGAUUUGGACCAAUGGACAUUUAUAAUAAAUUACACGAGAUGUAAUGAAGACAAGAUAAUAAUCAAAAGAGCAGUGACAUCACUUCAGCUGUCCCGGGCCUCUCACUGUAAGUACAGCAUGGCUAUCAAAGCAGAGAGUGGAGAAAAUGGAGAGACACCGUGGAGCGACAAAAAGUAUUUUGAUGCAGAUGCAGGCUCCUAUGUAUUAGUGUGUCUUGCUGUUAUAAUCCCACUAGUGAUCGCUACCCUGACAGUCCUGACUGUUAUGUGUUACCAGAAAAACAAGGCUAAUAUCUUCCCCAAAGUACCAGAGCCUCGGGAUCUCCUCAGCGAUAUUUGUGAAAACAACAAUAAGAUCACCCUGUGCAACUUUAAGGUCCCACCAAUGGAAGAAGACAGCUGUAAAAUUGCUCUUGUGAUAGAUCCCCAAAUCAGCAAGCCGGACAGCUGACAAGUGCCCGAUACUGCCUGAAAUUUCCAAAGAAGGAAAAAAAAAAACAAAAAAAAAACGGUGGAAGCUGCUGCUGCUUUAUCACUCAGUGUGCAGUACAGCUAAAAUCUAACUUCAUGAGGCUUAUGUGCUGUGAAAUGUUACAUUGUAUGACAUCCUUAUCGAGUGACAUACCAAAUAUACUAGCUUUUUAAGUUAAUUUCAUAUUCACAUCAAUACUCCAGUAUCAUUUUGAUUCCUUAUCAUGUUUUGUUUACACACUGAAGUGGUUCCCUUUUUUGGAAAUGCUGUCAGUUACACAAUCAAGCAUCCAAUGACAUCCAUUUUAGUACAAGAUGACAGUUUGAUAGACUGCGUUGAAUAAGGCCUGUAUUGCACUGGUGAGACUCCUCUGGACCCCGCUGCUGCUGCCAGAGAUGCAAUAAGGACGACUGCAACCUUAUCAACAGACAGUGGUAAUGGACGGCCAUGAGCUGGGCAUGGAGUCGCAUCGAGUGUUUGUAAACAUUUGCAGUGAGUCAUUCAUAUCACUGCGGAAGAAUUUUGGCCCACUCUUCUUUGCAGAAUAGUUUUAAUUCAGCCACAAUGGGGGGUUUUCGGGCAUGAAGGGCCCAUUUAAGGUCAUGCCAAAGCAUCUCAGUUGGAUUUAUGUCUGGACUUUAACCCGGCUACUCCAUUUCGGUUCUCUUGACCUACUAAGAGGUAGAAUUGCCGCUGUGUUUUGGUCCAAUGUCCUGCUGCAUAUCUGAAGUGCCCUUGAGCUUCAGGGCACAAACUGAUGGUCAGACAUUCUCCUUCAGGUUUUUCUCGUAAAGAGCAAAAAAGCAGCCUCAGACCAUCGCGCUGUCACCACCAUGUUUAACUCGAGGUGUGAUGUUCUUUUUAUGAAAUGCUGCGUUCGCUUUAUGUCAGAUGUAACGGAGCUCAGACCUUCCAAAAAGCUUAGCUUUUGUCUCAUCAGUCCACAGAAUAUUUUUCCCAAAAAUCUCGGGAAUCACCAUAUGUUAUGUUUCUUGGCAAAUCUUAGACGAGCCUUUGUGCUUUUUUUGGCCAGCAGCGCCUUUCUCCUCGGAGCUCUCCCAUGGGUGGCCUUUUUGCCCAGUCUCUUUCUUAUUGUUGACUCAUGAACUCUGAGCUUAACUGAGGCGAGUGAGGCCUGCGGUUCUUUAGUUGUUGUUCUGGGUUCUUCUGUGAACUCCUGGAUGAGUUGUCAGUGCGCUGCGGCCUCUCCUGCGAAGGUUCACCACUGUUCCAAGUUUUCUCCCUGAAACAUGAAACUGUGACCAAUAUUUCACACUUUUUCACAGCACUGUACGUCUCCCACCUGUAGUCCCAAUGAUGUCUUAAUGUUUUUUCUUUAUAUUUGUAAAUAUAUGAGUUUUGCGGUGAGGUAUUAAUAUGGCACACUUACUGAUUAGUUGUGUAGUGGGCACUGUUUCUGUCAUGUAAAGUUAAACAACACAAUAACUGCAUUAACUGGCGUUAUUUUAUAGCUGGCUUGUGUGCCGCACAUAAGAAACAAAGACAUAUCCUUUUAUUACCUUUAUGUCUUAAGACUGAAAUUAGAGGUUGUAGUGAAUGUAUGACACAGUUGCCUAUUACAGUAAGAAAACAAAACAAAAGAAGCAGAAA